GUCCCGGAAGUGACGAGAUCCAGGAAUGGCGGCGUCCGCUCUCGGCACCCGUAGUGGCCACUGGUUCUCGGCUUUGGCCCUCGGGGUGACGCUCCUCAAAUGCCUUCUCAUCCCCACCUACCAUUCCACAGAUUUUGAAGUACACCGAAACUGGCUUGCUAUUACUCACAGUCUGCCAAUAUCUCAGUGGUACUAUGAGGCAACUUCAGAGUGGACCUUGGAUUACCCCCCUUUUUUUGCGUGGUUUGAGUACGCCCUAUCACAUAUUGCCAAAUUCUUUGAUCAAGAGAUGCUUAAUGUCCGUAACCUGAACUACUGCAGCUCGGGAACACUGCUCUUCCAGAGGUUCUCCGUCAUCUUGGCAGAUGCGCUCUUUGUGUACGCUGUUCACGAGUGCUGUAAAUGCAUUGAUGGGAAGAAAACAAGCAAAGAACUUACAGAGAAGCCCAAGUUUAUUCUGUCCGUGCUGCUGUUGUGGAACUUUGGGCUGCUGAUUGUAGACCAUAUUCAUUUCCAGUACAACGGCUUUCUGUCUGGGCUCAUGCUGCUAUCCAUUGCACGGGUAUUUCAGAAAAGGCACAUGGAAGCGGCAUUUCUCUUCGCUGUCCUCCUGCAUUUCAAGCACAUCUACCUCUACGUGGCACCAGCCUAUGGUGUCUAUCUGCUGCGAUCUCACUGCUUCACCGCACGCAAACCAGAUGGCAGUGUCCGAUGGGGCAGCUUCAGCUUUGCCCGCGUACUCUCCCUGGGACUGAUUGUUUUCCUAGUUUCUGCUCUUUCGUUGGGCCCUUUCCUAGCCUUGAACCAGCUGCCGCAAGUCUUUUCCCGACUCUUUCCGUUCAAGAGGGGCCUUUGCCAUGCCUAUUGGGCUCCAAACUUCUGGGCUUUGUACAAUGCUGUGGACAAAGCCCUGUGUGUCAUUGGUUUGGAAUUGAAACUUCUUGAUCCCAACCAGAUCCCCAGGGCCUCAAUGACAAGUGGUUUGGUUCAGCAGUUCCAGCACACAGUCCUUCCCUCAGUUUCCCCUCUGGCCACCCUCAUCUGUACACUGAUAGCCAUACUGCCUUCUGUUUUCUGUCUUUGGUUUAAACCCCAAGGGCCCAGAGGCUUUCUCCGAUGCCUGGUUCUUUGUGCCUUGAGUUCCUUCAUGUUUGGGUGGCACGUUCAUGAAAAAGCCAUACUCCUUGCGAUUCUCCCAAUGAGCCUUCUGUCUGUGGAGAAAGCAGGGGAUGCGACGACUUUUCUGAUUCUGACCACGACGGGACACUACUCCCUCUUCCCUCUGCUCUUCACUGCCCCAGAGCUCCCCGUUAAAGUCUUCCUCAUGCUCCUGUUCACCGUGUACAGCGUCUCUGCUCUGAAGACACUCUUCAGGAAAGAAAAACCUCUUCUUAACUGGAUGGAAACUGUCUACCUCCUUGGCCUGGGGCCUCUGGAAGUCUGCUGUGAACUGAUAUUCCCUCUCACCUCCUGGAAGCUGAAAUACCCCUUCAUUCCUUUGUUGCUGACCUCAGUGUAUUGCGCGGUGGGCAUCACAUACGCCUGGGCCAGGCUGUACGUUUCAGUGCUGACCGGCUGUCUUGUCAGCAAGACAAAGAAGCAAUGAGGAAAGACGCCUUUGGAUGAAAGCCAAGCACUUAGUUCAUGGGAUAUUACUCAGAGCUUGAAGCAAGUUGCCAGUAGCAGGGUCUGUUUAUUUCAUAAUCUGUUUAAGGACCAUUCUUCCACACUUGGCCUUGCCCUGCCUAGCAACCGGAUUGUUUCCAUGGUGAGAAGCCACUUGCCCUCUCUAAGCAGCAAAGCUCUCGCUGUCCUCUAUGAAAAUGGUCUGUUGUGCCCACUGAAGGGAGCCAGGAGGACUAAUAGCAGAUUAUUCUAUUGCUGUUCUGACCACCAUUAGGAUGCAACAUGAUUAGAUUCUAUACCCAAGGAAAUAUAAAUAAAAUGCUGUUUUAUAUUUACACAUAAAA